AUGAACCUAUUGAAUGUUUUAAUUCAUUUAGAACAAAAUGAUUUAUUUAGUUUUUUAUUAAUUAAUAUAGAAAUUGAUGAACAUGAAAAUAUUACAACAUCUUUAUUUGUAUCACCUAAUCAUUUAAUAUUCUUAGGAAAUUAUACAGAAUUAAAAUCUGCUAUAUUUGUUAGUCAACUGCAUUUAGGUGAUCGUAUAAAAUAUAUUUAUAAAAAUGAAAUUAUAGCAGCUAAAAUUCAAAAUAUAUAUUUAACAAUAGAAGCAGGUUAUUAUGCACUUUUAGUACAAUCAGGUACAAUUAUAAUUGAUAAUAAAUUAGUAUUCUAUUAUACAUCAGUUAAAAUCAUUAUGUAG